AUGUCUGUGGAAUUAGUGGCGUUGACGGAGUACUGCUUGCAAGAUGGUCGCAUUGGAAUGGAAAACACAUUAAGACAAUCUUUCGUGAGAAACCUUUAUUUUUAAUUAGUUAUCGCGGGGAUUUACAGGAGCUAACAUUCACACGUGAAAACGCACAAGUUGUUACAGGUCUGCAAACAAGUUGUUACAAAUCUGUUCACAAGCUGUCUUGUUGUAACAAGUUUGGAACAAUCAGUUAACAACUUGUAACAAGCUUGAUGACAAUAUCAGACUUGUUACAAGGUUGUUCUAACAAGUCUGAUACAGUUAUGAUAUAACAAGAAUGUUACAAGGUUGACGACACAAGGUUGUAACAAUAUUGUUAUAUCAUGACUGUAUCGGACUUGAACAACAUUGCAACAAGUCUGAUAAUAUCAACAAGGUUGUUACAAGUUGUUAACAGCUUGUUCCAAACUCGUUGACAACUUGGGACAAGCAGUGCGAACACAACUUGUUGACGGCUUGUUAGCAGACUUGCUACAAGAUGUGAGAGUUUUACGUGUGUAUAAAAGCCUUGUUAUCACAUAUGAUUGAGGCGAAAUGUUAAACAGACAAUAGACAACUUGCAUGUUAGACUAAUUUUUGAUCUAGGCAAAAAAAGUAAAUUCCCGUGAAGAACUUAUUAAAAUUAGUAAAAUUGCAAAAUUCGGUUACGAAAUGUUGUGAAAUACGAAAAUAUAUAGCCUUGCGAAGUUUGCAUAUUUUGUAUAUGUUUGUAUCACGUGCGGAAAUUGUUACCAUUUCUGAGCCGAAAAUGGUAACAAUUUCCGCACGUAAUACAAAGGACUUAAUUUGGGACUUUAUUAGUCCUGUUGUCUGUGCCUUCAAUUUCUUAUUGUAAAACUAAUAAAAAAAAAAACAACAAAAAAAAACAUAUAUAAAAUUUGCAAACUUUGCAAGGCUAUAUUUUCCAAGCUUUACAACAUUUCGCAACCAAAUUUUGCAAUUUUACUAAUUUCAUUAUGUUCUUUUUAGCUGUGGUGUUUGAUCCCCUUCUAUUUACUUAGAUUAAAAUUUAAUCUAACAUGCAAGUUGUCCAUUGCGUAUUGCAAGGUGAAAGACACUUCUAACAUUUCUUAUAUAUUUUUAGGGUUCCUCGCCAACGAUUGCCGCCCUAGAUCCCAACGUGCGUAGUAUGGUUAUAGACGCUAUGUGGGCGUGUAUACAAGACUUGAGGAACGAUGUCAAUGUGAGGGAAUCUGCCCUCAUGCCAUUUGUCGUUAGAAAGGAAAAACGAAAAGCGAAAAAGACUGAAUCACCUUCGCCAAAAAUGGAAAGAAAA